GCUCAAUCAUGAGUCGUCGUUCUCCGCCUUCGUCCCUGGAUUGGCCCUCCCAGUUACCGCCCCAACUGUUUAAACCUCGGAUUUUAACGGCCGCUGCCUCAUCCACCACUACCUCAGCCGUUGGGUCUUCGGCGGUUGCCCCGGACCUGAGAUCCACGGCCAGAAUGACCAGCCCAGUCCCCAGGAACCCCAUGCCAUCCAGACAGGAGGCCCUGACAGACGAGAGGAUCAAUUACUCUCAAGCCGAACCCUCGGCAUUUCUCACCGUCAGAUUCAUUUUAGAGUGCUGCCGAAAAUUGGAAUGCGACGCCAUAGCGGCAGCCACUGCCGCUCAAUUAUUCCACCAGUUCAUGGCUAAUGUGGACAUGGCUGACUAUGACCCUUAUCUUAUUGGUGCCGCCUGCAUCUAUUUGUCUGGCAAAAUCGAAGGAUCAGAUAUCCUGAAGAUUCGAGACGUGAUCAACGUAGUUCACGCCACACUUCACCCCAAGUCAGAGCCUUUGAUCUUGGACAACCGAUAUUAUUCGAUCCGAGAGUCCAUCACACAAGCCGAAUUGUUAGUGGUUCGCAUGGCCGGGUUCAACGCUAAAUUUGACCACGCCCACAAGUACCUGCUCUCUUACCUGAAGUCAUUGUCGGAUUGGGUGGGCCCCCAAGUUUGGAACGAGAUCCCCGUUAAUGCCGUGGCCUGGUCUUUGCUCCAGGAUGCUUAUCAUGAUCGACGGGUUCUUCUCAUGAAACCCUCGGAGUUGGCCAUAGCUUGUAUCAAAUUGGCCAUGGAGGUGUACGGAGUUGAAAUUCCUGGUUACGAUGAGGUCAAAAAUCCUUGGUUUCAGGUUUUCUCAAGUUCGGUCACCGUCAAAAAAAUUUGGGACAUCAUGGGAGUAUUAAUGGAGGUUUAUGAGCAAGAUAAAACGCUGAUACCUCCGACAACGGUCAAAAAGCUGGCGUAGCAUUGACAAGCCUAAAUUGAGCAAACAGUUAUGAAGCAUGUAUUACAUGGCAUUCCUCAAGACUAACCCUUGCGUUCUUGUUAGUUAUUUCUACAGUUCUAAUGACUAGCCCUUUAGUUUUUUCUAGAGGGCUUUUUUUCUAACACCAAAAUUUUCAAAAACAUAGACAAAAUCUCCGGUUCCUCAGGGUUACAAUAAUAAAGGCAUAAACGUCUGGUUUUUAUUACGAAAUUAACUUGACUUAUGUCUUCCGAGGCAUGAGGAGAAUAGUACAGUGUAUUAUGACUUCAGCGUUAUUGUCCAAAUAAGUGUAAACUUGAAACAAAAUUAGUAUAGAAUGAGCCUAAAAGGAACGAAUGCAGUGAGGUUAAAAACAUCAGUUCUCCCGAGGGGCCUUCACACUUAUGUCACCGUGAGGGAUUGCAACUCUUGCGAAUCGAUAUUCGCUUUCUGGGAUUUUCUUUGUUGAGACCGGUGAUGCAGUGUCUCCUCCAUUUG